AUGACUGAUUAUCUUCACAAGCUCUCAAAAUUGGUUGAUAUGCUCGAAAACAUUGUGUCCAAGAUUUCUGAUCGGAACUUGGUGAUAUACACUCUUAAUGGUCUUCCCUCCAAGUUUGAGAACCUUGCUAUAUUUAUUCGAUAUUCGAGACCCUUCCCAUCAUUCACUGAUGUUCCAUCCACUCUCACCAUGGUAUACAAAACGAUGAGACUUUUGGACUCCAAAGCUCUCUCCAAUUUGCAUGCUGAUCACUCCUCAUCACCCACUGCACUCACAGUUCAGUCCUCCAGCAACAACAAUACCUCAUCCUCUAAUUACCGUCGCAACUCUUUUAACCGUGGUGGUCGUUCUGGCGGUCGACAUAACCGAGGCAGUUGGAAUAAUCGAAGUGGCGGUCGCGGUCGUGGCUCAUAUCCCUCAUCAGGUGUUAAUUUUUUGGGUCAUCAAAUGUAUGUUCUGACUCAUUGGGGUCUGCUGCCUUGCGGUUUUGGACCUACUCCUAUGUGGACUUCACCGCCCACUCAAUAUGGGCCGUCCUUCUCUCAGUCGGGCCUUCUGCCCUCUCCUGCUGGACCCCCAUGA